AUGCCUGGAAUAUUCCAGCAAGAGAUUCAAACUCUUUGUGGAACCCGUAUUUCUGUGGUUCAGUUUCAGCCCACAAGUCGACCUAUCGAAGACCGGUUUUCCAUCUCCUCUUCUUCCGAUGAAUCCCGCUUACUAUUGGGUGUUUAUGAUGGACAUGGUGGACCGCGUACCGCCGACCAUAUCAGUCGCAUAUUACCGGAAGCCCUGCUUGCUGCUCGCCCCAACGAUAACGUACGGAUAUUCGAGGAGCAGGAUCAAAGACUGCUCCAGAAUUUUGAGGCACAACAUCCGUUCAUAACCUCUCUACUGGGACAAAAAUCAAGCGCAAAUCAAUCCGCUCGACUUUUACGUUCUGGAUGCACGGCACUAGUGCUUGACGUUGACCUCAAGAACCGAAUGGUUCAUUUUGCAAAUGCUGGUGAUUGUCGUGCUAUUGUGUUUGAUAAGGCUGCAGGAAACCACCAGGAGACUGUAGAUUUGAACGCCAAAACCUCUCUUGAACAAGCACGGCUCAACGAAGAGCAUCCAGGGGAGGAUGACGUUAUUGUUGGUGGCCGUCUCUUCGGGAAAUUGAUGAGCACUCGCGGAUUUGGCGAUGGAUAUUACAAGCUUCCGCGUGGCUUCAACGGAUGGAAGCACCGGCACUACGUCAAUAUUCUAUCUGCUUUGGACGUCGACAGUGGCAAAGUUCCCCUGAGCGCCCAAUACGAUUCAUACUUUUAUGGAUAUCGCUCUCCGCCUUACAUCACUGCCACGCCAGACGUUGGGGUCUUCGAGUUUGAUACAGACAAGCUACUUGUUUGCGGCUCCGAUGGAGUUUUCGAUUUGGCGUCCAGCGAGGAAGUCGUUGCCAUUUUACGAUCUGGUUUGGACCAUAACGCGGACAACCUGGCCCUCUAUUUAUUGAAUAUGAUCAUGUCUUCAAGAAGUCCUGGCGAUGAUGUCACGAUCCUUGUUCUCCAGCAUUUGCCCCUCGCAAACCCUUGA